AAAAGAAGCAACGAGGCACGCUCAAACAGAAUUAGUACAGACAGACUUGAGAGUCAGUUCCCAAAAUCUGACCAAUUACCUCACUCACGGGGCGGGAGCUGUCCAUCCUCCUCCCCCUGACCCCCUCACUUCAAAAUCUCCAUCACUUUGAUAUUCCACUGCUCUUUAACUGUGAUCGCCACAGUGUGCAGUUUACUGUCUGUGCUGCUGUCAAAACAGCACGGAGACUUUAAAGGGUCAUGCCACUUAACGUGGUGCUGGAUGGGCCGGCCCCCUGGGGCUUUCGUCUGACAGGAGGAAAGGACUUCAACCAGCCCCUGACCAUCUCCAGGAUCACUCCUGGCAGUAAGGCAUCUGCUGCCAACCUGUGCCCUGGUGAUGUCAUCCUGGCUAUUGAGGGAGUCCCAGCAACAAACAUGCUGCAUUGUGAAGCUCAGAACAAGAUAAAGGAAUCCACUCAUCAGCUCUGUCUCACCAUUGAAAGAAACGAAUCAAGACUGUGGACUCCACGUGUCAUGGAGGACGGGAGAGCUCACCCAUUUAAAAUAAACCUGGAAGCAGAGCAGCAGGAAUAUAAACCAAUUGGCACAGCUCACAAUAGAAGAGCUCAGCCAUUUGUGGCAGCAGCGAACAUUGAUGACAAGCGCCAGGUAGUCAGCACAUCCUACAACACGCCUAUAGGCCUCUACUCCAGUGGCAACAUCCAGGAUGCUAUGGAGGGCCAGAUCCGAGGCUUGGUCCAGCACAAGCCUGAGAGUCCCAGAGCUCUAGCCAGCAUUGAGGAUUCUGACGUUUACCGGAUGUUACAGAAAGACCAGGAGGAUCCCCAGGAGCCUCGGCAGUCUGGCUCCUUCAAAGCCCUCCAGGAAUUUAUUGACAGUGAUGGCACUCGGCCCAUUGUGACCAGGACAGUAAAAGCGCCCACAACCAAACCAACUACGCCCACAGGAAACCUGCAGAAACUGCCUGUCUGUGACAAGUGUGGGAAUGGGAUUGUUGGGACAGUGGUGAAAGCUCGGGACAAAUAUCGUCACCCUGGUUGCUUUGUGUGCUCUGACUGUGAUGUCAACCUGAAACAGAAGGGCUAUUUCUUUGUGGAGGGACAGCUGUACUGUGAGAUCCACGCUCGUGCCAGAAUGAGACCAGCGGAGGGACACGACCUCGUCACAACAUUUCCCUCUGUAUAGAACCCUGCCUCCCUUAUAUGAGCACAGACACAUAAAAUCUAGGAAGCCCUUCUAUUCCUUACAUACGUGUUCGUGUGUUCGUCUGCACUUUGGUGCUGUGUGUAAUAAUAUUUCAGAAAGAAUACACUCUUCACUCUUACUGAUAUGAUGUAUUUUCUAGGCAAUAAUGUAAACACCUGGUUGCUUAGAGAGUCCAGCGAAACCACAAUCUGUCUUUCCAAUAAAGGCCUCUGCUCAUAAUGUUAAA